AUGUCAAAUAAUAGUGUGCCAUCUUCAUUGAAUAACGAUGACAAUGCACUAAAUAACGCAACCUCAAUUCCUGUGAAAUUCUUUGGGAAGAAUGACGACUACGAGUUCGGAAUGCAAUGCAUUCAUGUGGGUCGAAGAAAGAUCAGAAGGUGGUCUUCACCCAGGCAGGUUUCAACUCUGUUGUGGAUUAGAAAAGACAAAGUGACACUAUUUCACCCUACACCAGGACUUAUAUCUAACAUAAUCUUUCAUCAUUUUGAAUUGAAUACUUGUCCACUGCAACCCACUGUCAAACGAGAUCAAACUUUACUUUCUCAACAUCACUUUAAUUGGGCUAUGCACUACGUUGCUCUGACUUCUCUGUGUGAUGAGGAUAUUGUUAAACAUUUUGGAAGGGUAGAGAACUAUGGCUACAAUGUUGUAUUUUCUUUAGACAUACAUUUACAAGAUAUUAAAAUAAAAACGAAGCUACAUAUGACUUCAAUACAAUCCAAAGAUACAUUAAGGAUAUUGACACAAACCAUAAUCUUGUUUGAAAAAAAACAUAGGCUCGACUGA